AUGACAAACAUGAACAUGAGACCAGAUACUGCUAAUGGCUAUCCUGGUAGGACUUACAGAUUUUAUACCGGUGAUACUGUCUAUUCUUUUGGAGAUGGAUUAAGCUAUUCCACAUUCAAUCACCAAUUAGUUAAGGCACCGAAAUUGGUAUCGAUCCCCCUAGAGGAAGAUCAUGUUUGUCGCUCAUCAGAUUGCAAAUCGAUUGAUGCCUUUGAACAGCGUUGUCAAAAUUCAAUUUUUGAUAUACACAUGAAAGUUCAAAACACAGGAUUAAUAAGCGGAAGCCAUACGGUUUUCUUGUUCUCUAGUCCCCCAUCCGUGCACAACUCUCCCCAGAAACACUUGAUAAGUUUCGAGAAAGUUUUCUUGAGUGGAAAAGGGGAAGCGAUGGUGAGAUUUAACGUGGAUGUUUGCAAGGAUUUGAGUGUCUCUGAUGAGGUUGGAAGCAGAAAAGUUGCAAUGGGAGAACAUGUGCUUCAUGUGGGGACCUUGAAGCAUUCAUUGACCAUAAGGAUUUGAGACUUCGAAGAAGUUUUAGGUUCCUUUGUCAUUUUCUUUUUCUUUGUCAUUUUCUUUUUGUUUUAUUUUCCUCGUGUUUGCCUCAGCAAAAGAAUGUCAUUGAUUAAAAUUGGGCUAUAUAAUAAGUUGAGAGAGUUGUAUAGAUUUUCUCAAUUUUUUCACAUAGCCGAAUCAUUUAAAAUUGAAAAUUUUAAAUCUAAUUUCAAGUGCCUUUCCUU